UGAUGAAGGUCUGACGAGAGCGCCUCGAUCCCAACGACUGCUCGGGACAACACGGAGACCGCCACAAUGAGAGCUCUGCUGCUGCUGCUGGCGCUGGCCGCUCCCUCCUCCGCUCUGCCUCUGUCGCCACGGGACAGAGACGACCGGCUGUUAGCAGAGAAAUACCUCCGGCGCUUCUACGGCCUCCCCGCCGGCCUCCAAGGUCGACAGGGGUCGCCGGUCGCCUUCCGGACCCAGGUCGAGAAGAUGCAGAGAUUCUUCAAACUGGAGGUGACGGGGAAUCUGGACUGCAACACUCUGGAGGUGAUGAAGAUGCCCAGAUGUGGCGUCCCAGACGUCGGCGAGUACAACCACUUCCCCCGACACCUCAAAUGGCAAAACAACAACGUCACGUUCAGGAUCGUGAAUUACACACCGGAUCUGAAGAAGUCGGACGUGGACAGAGCCAUUCGCAACGCGCUCAACAUCUGGUCCGACGUCACGCCGCUGGUCUUUAAGAAGCUGCACCAGGGCAACGCCGACAUCAUGAUCAGUUUUGGAUCACAAGAGCACGGAGACUACAACCCCUUCGACGGGCCUGACGGGCUCCUGGCUCACGCCUACCCGCCGGGCCAAGGCAUGGGAGGAGACACGCACUUCGACGAGGACGAGCACUGGACCAAAGAUUCGUCCGCCUACAACCUGUUCAUCGUGGCGGCCCACGAGUUGGGCCACGCCCUCGGCAUGUCCCACUCGGCCGACGCCGGCGCCCUGAUGUAUCCCGUCUACUCGUACAGCACCGGCUACCUCCUGUCCGAGGACGACAUCGAGGGCAUCCAGGCUCUCUACGGUCCGAACCCAAACCCGCGGAAAGUGAAGCCGAAGCCGGACGCGCCCAACAAGUGCAACCCCAUGUUGAGCUUCGACGCGGCCACGGAGCUGAGGGGGGAAACCAUCAUCUUCAAAGACAGGUUCUACUGGCGCCUCCACCCUCAGAUGGUGGAGCCCGAGCAGACGCUGAUCAAGUCCACGUGGCCGUCCCUUCCCAACAAGGUGGACGCGGCCUACGAGAACCCAGAGAAGGACCUGGUCAUCAUAUUCAGCGGGAUCCGCAUGUGGGCUUUGAAUGGCUACAGCCUGGUGGACGGUUACCCCAAGUACAUACACAAGCUGGGGCUUCCCAAGACCGUGAGGAAGGUGGAUGCUGCCGUGCACAUCGGCGACACGGGCAAAACUCUGCUCUUCACCGAGGAGGAAUACUGGAGCUACGAUGAAGCGACGGGCAAAAUGGACAGCGACUCCCCGCGGUCCAUCGAGCAGGACUUCCCGGGAAUGGAUGACGAGGUCGACGCUGCAGUUUUUCACUACGGACACUUGUAUUUCUUCCACGAGCACGUGCAGUACGAGUACAGCUACACCUCGAGGAAGGUCAUGCGCAUCCUGAGGACCAACUCCAUUCUCAACUGCUGAUGAGGCGGCUUAUAGAAAUAUAUCUUUAAAUAUAGCUGGCUAUAUAUAUAUAUUUAUAUAUUUAUGUAUGGCAGGCGACGGCAAGAAAUAAAAAACAUUCACGAACACCAGUAUUUUCACCGGUGCUGGAUAGAAGCAAACUGUCAGACCGAGAAGAAUGCUGGAAAAUUCCUUUUUAAUAUAGUUACUGAGAUUAUUUAUUUUACAACUCGAUACGCCUCGAUAUUUGACUUGUUGAUACACUAAUGUACGAGAAUUUCAUCAGAGAGCUCAGCAAGUUUACUACAAACUGUACUUGUCCCAGAAUUAAUGAUCUGUUAUUGUCUUCACACACAAAAAAAUCACAUUUCUGAGGUCGUUUGAAGGCUUCAAACGUAGCACUGAAACAUUCCUGUGAAUUUUAUAGUCAGUGAAUUCAAGUGUCGAAUAAAAACAUUUUAAAAAGUAAAAAA